AUGUCUAUCAUUCAUACAUGUGGUUUCCUUCUCAUUCUAGUCCUUCGAUUCGCUUCCACACUUGCGAAUCAACACACGUACAUUGUGUAUUUUCGGGGGCAUAGCAGAGACAAGACAACGAGCGAGGUUGAAGAUGUCCAUCUCUCCCACAUUGAAUUGGUGAAGGGUUCGAGGGAGGAAGCAAAGGCGUCGCUCCUCUACAGCUACAAGAAAGUCAUCAAUGGCUUCUCUGCAAUGCUCUCCCCCGAAGAAGCCACGCAGUUAUCGGGUAUGGAAGGAGAUAACGGAGAAGGAGGACAAUGGGACCGAUUAAAUGAAAAGUUGCUUAGAAAAGCAAAGUAUGGACAAGAUCUAAUUGUUGGUGUUUUGGACUCAGGUAUAUGGCCAGAAUCAGCAAGCUUCAAUGAUGAAGGAAUGGAGCCUGUCCCAAGUAUAUGGAAAGGAAAAUGUCAGACUGGUUACGAGGCACAUUUCGGUAGUCUCAACACAACGGAGGAGUAUCGAUCUCCCCGUGACAAGAAUGGUCACGGUACCCACACGGCCUCUACCGUAGGCGGCCGUAGGGUUCACAAUGUUUCUGCCAUCGGUGGAUUCGCCCUAGGCACUGUCUCCGGCGGUGUUCCACUCGUGCGCCUGGCAAUAUACAAAGUAUGUUGGCUGCCGCCUGGAUCCAAAGGCGGCACUGCAUGUUUGCCGGCCGACACACUCGCAGCUAUUGAAGCCGCCCUAAACGUUGGAGUUCAUGUUUUGAGUAUGUCUCUCGGUAGCACCCCGGCACAACCUUACGGUAUAGACGGGGUCGCUAAUGGAUCUUUGGCUGCAAUUAAAGAAAAUGUAGUCUCAGUUUGCAGCGCCGGGAAUAGUGGGCCCACACCUUCGUUGAUAGGAAACGUCGCGCCAUGGGUUCUAACUGUGGCCGCUAGCAGCCUCGAUCGAGAUUUUCCAGCUUUCCUGGUUUUAGGAAACGGACUGAAAAUUCAGGGGCAAUCAAUAACAUCUUUCCAAACGCCACAGACGCAUCCACUGGUUAUUGGUUCAGACGUUGAAAUCAAUGGAACCACAGAUGUCAACACAACUGGAUAUUGCAAUGAAGAGACUCUUUUAUCGAGCGCAGUGAAAGGAAAGAUUGUAUUAUGCAAAGGAGAAUUUCCGGGCAAUGACUGGGAGGUGAAACAAGUUGGAGGUGCCGGCGUGAUUAAGGUUAUAGACCUUGCCAACAUCACCCAAACCACCCUUAGCCCUAUGUUACUACCCGGGAUAGUCAUAUCUAUGGCAGAUGAAUUUAAAGUCGAGACGACAGUUGUUCCAAAAGAAUGUGUGGAAGCGGCUAAAGCCGAUCGAGGCACCAGUUGUUCCGAAUUCGAAGGCAGGUGCACCAUUAAUUGCUCCAAAACCAAAAGAAACUAA